AUGGCGUACCUCGGCCGUGUGCUUGCGCUACCUGUCCCGCCCGUCGCUGGCGCAGCGCAGCCGCCACCGGUGACCGCCGUACUCGCGCACACGGCUCCGGAGAACGUGUGCCGCGUACUCGCGAAGGCAUGGCGCCACGACAAUGCGCUCGUUCAGUACUAUGCCAGCGUCGUGACGACCAGCCUCCUCGAGCGCGUGUGUGCAUUUCAGCGCGCAGCGCGAGCAAUUGCGCACGAGACCGGCGAGAGCGAGACGGGCACAUGGACGAGCGCACUGCAUACCCUUGAACUGGCGUGGCGCAAGCGCCUACCGGGCGUCGAGGUCGUGUAUCCUCUCGUUCAGAGCCCCCAGGCGCUGCGCCGCGAGGCUGCACUGCGUGUGCUGGCCCUGUACAUCGAGGCGCUGCCGAGCAUGGCCUUCGACACGCACUGGGAUGCCGGCCGCGUGCUUACUGGUGCCUUUCUCGACAAGCCAGCAUCAGCUGUACCCUGGGAGCGCGUAUCGCAGGUGCAUGCACUGCGCGUACUCGCGGCCGCUGCGCCCGCGCUCGAUCUCGCGGCGAAGGUGCCGGCGGCGUGGCCAGGUCUCGAUAAGCGCUCGUUCCUGCACUUUUUACUCGCCGUAUAUGCCCACAGCGAGACGCAUGAGGCAGUGCGCGCACAAUGUGCAGCGCUUCUGCGCACAUUCCUGCAUGCAACGGCGCUGUUUUCGCACGAUGCAGACGAGCUGGAGGCUUGGAUGAUGCCGCUCGCUGCCGGCCCUGUCGCGCUGGCCGAGCGCGCCGUGGUCCUCGCAUUCCUCGACGAGUGUAUGCUGCGGUGCCUCAAGACGCCGUACCGCUACGCGGAGCGUGUUCGUGAGCUUGCCGGCAUGGAUGGCUUGUUGAGCCCCCUGCUAGCCACCGUCACGGAGCAGACGCAGAUCCGGCUGCAGAAGCGCUUAUGGAAUGCGCCAGAGGCUGCAUGCAUCGUGGCCUCAUCGAGCUGGGCAAGCCCGUGCCACCGCUGGUGCACGUAG